UCUCGACCCUCGCCCGCCGAGCCCCGUCGUCCAAUCUGAAUAUGUGGGAGGAGCGCGUCCGCCCACAAAAGCCACAGCUAUCUCACUAUCUCCCCCUUAAAAAAUCAAUUGUGCACGAAAAAAGGGGAAUACGCGUAAAAUACAAACACUGGUGACGGUUUGUUUUCGGUGCACGACGGACGGCGACGAGGCGUCCCCGCGUCGUGCGGUGAGAGAAACGGCGGCGACAGGCAGGAGCAGCGAAGAGGGUGUUGUCCUGAUGCUUAAAUGGAAGUGGGUGGGCCUCUACGGUCACACACUGCCAACUUCUCUGUGGAUAUCAUUCUGACAAGCGCUAAUUUACUCGUUUAUGGACUGGCUAUCCGGUAAAAGAGACAUACGACGGGGCUGCGAGGGGGCCGACUGGCCGGUGACGGUCACUGUGUUCUCCGUUAUUUGGGGCUGCUUGAUUGUGCCUGCGCUUGGCACCGCCCUUCCUGGCCGGUGGGUGGUUUCGUCAAACGGGCAGAUCCGCCACGGCCCAGCGCCUAACAUAUAGGCCGUCCUCCGCCUCUGUACCCGGCCGGCCUUCUACCGUGAACUACACCCUCUCCCGGUAUAUUAAUGCGUUAUGAGUGACUCGAAGAAGGAAUCAUCUGGAACUGAAGGAGGGAAAGCAUCUAAAAAGGGGAAAAGUUCUGGAUCGCAGGAUUCCUCACAGCCCUCUCCGUUGGCUCUGCUAGCGGCCACCUGCAGUAAGAUCGGAGGGCAGGGGGGAGCGGAGGGCGUCCAGGCCCAGGUGGGGGCCCAGCAGUUCCAGGUCCAGGCUGGUCAGAUCCAGCUGCAGGCAGGUCAGCUCCAGGGUCAGAUAGUGGUGGACACAGGUGGAGGUCAGGCCCUGGUGCCCCAGCAGCUGGAACUGGUCCCAGCUCAGUUCACGGGGAACGGCUGGCAGAUCAUUACAGCAGCACCUACUAUGGCCAAAGAGAACACCAAUCAGCCUGUUGCUGUGACGGUGGCCACCACCUUGGCUAAUGACAGCUCUACGGGAGGACGCAAGGUAAAGUCAGUAGGUGGGACCAACAGUGUUGCAGCCAGUCAGCAACAGCAGCAGUUCCAGAUCAUCCAGGUUCAGAACCUGCCGAAUGCUGGGGGCGGGGUCCAGUAUCAGGUCAUCCCUCACCUGCAGACUUCAGAUGGGCAGCAGAUCCAUAUCAGCCCAGCUCAGACAGCCUCCAUCGGGGCUCUACAAGAGCAGGUCCAGUUCAUCCAGACCCAGAGUCCAGGCCAUACCCAGGCUAUCCUGCAGCCAGCCAACCAGCAAGCCAUCCUGACAAGUACAGCCAAUCAGACGGUCCCGCUGCAGAUCCGCCCUGCACAGUCUUUCCCACUACAGCUGCAGACUCUGCAGGGCUCCCAGACUCCUGUUAUGACCACAGUACCCAUAAACCUCGGUGGCAUGACCCUGGCUUUGCCUGUGAUAAAUAAUGUUGGAGGGGGUGGGGCUGUGCAGCUUAUCCAAUCAGCAGAUGGCACAUUCUCUGUUGCCAAUGGCAACCAGCUGGUGACAACAGCAGUGUCUGGGACUGCUCCUGCGACGGCAUCAACUGGCUCGACGGUAGUAGCUGAAGGUGACAGCGUUUCUGAUGUGACACAAGUGGUUUCUGCUGGAUCAGAGGGAGGACCAGCUGACACCCAAGUGCAGAGCAGUGAGGCAGACUCUCAAAGCCAGAACCAGGCCAACGGGCUGCAGAACCAGACAGAUACAGCGGGAAUUCAGCAGGUGAUUGUGGGCCAGGUGGGGCACCAAUUUGUGCAGCAGAUCCAGCUGCAGCCUCAGAGUCAGGGUCAGGCACAGGGGCAGCAGCAGCCUCAGCACAUUCAGACCCUCCAGCUGGCCCCAGGACAAACCCUGCAGCCCAUCCAGGCCUUCCAGAACCCAGCCCAGGUCCUCAUCCGUACCCCGACCCUGUCCCCCUCUGGGCAGAUCACCUGGCAGACACUGCAGCUGCCCGGUGGAGUGUCUCUGCAGGGAGGCUUGGGGACGGCCGUUCCACAGCAGCUGACACUGGCCCCGGUGGCCAGUGGGACGACAGUGGGGAGUGGAGGGCUGGUCUCCCUGAGUGGAGCUCCCCUGACGCUGAGCGCAGCCCAGAUCAACCCGGGGUCUGGGGUACAGACGGUCAGCAUCGCAGGGCUGGGUAGCGCUGGGGUUCAGUUGCAGGGUGUUCCCCUCACCAUUACUGGUCUACAGGGUCAACCACAGGGUCAGGAUGGGGUCAAAGUUCAGUCGUCUCCAGUGACGGUCACUGUUGGCAGCGUGGCAUCAGGCACAUCGAUGAGUCCAGACCAGCUGGGCUCCGUACAAAGUUCUUCAGACCAUGAGGGCCCGCCCAGCAAGAGGCUUCGUCGUGUCGCCUGCUCUUGUCCAAACUGCAGGGAUGGAGAGGCAAGGAACAGCGGGGACCCCACAAAGAAGAAGCAGCACAUCUGCCACAUGGAGGGCUGUGGAAAGGUGUACGGAAAGACGUCCCACCUGAGGGCCCACCUGCGCUGGCACACAGGCGAGAGGCCAUUCGUCUGUAACUGGAUCUUCUGUGGCAAGAGGUUCACCAGGAGCGACGAGCUGCAAAGACACCGGAGAACACACACAGGAGAAAAGCGUUUUGAGUGUCCCGAAUGCUCCAAGCGCUUCAUGCGCAGCGACCAUCUUUCCAAGCACAUCAAGACCCACCAGAACAAGAAAGUCGGCGCUGCAGUGGCCAUCAUCACCACCGAUGACAUGGAGGAAGAUGCCCCUGAAGGCCUGGACGCCUCCACUCAGAUUGUCGCUGUGGCAACCCUCUCGCGUGACUCUGACCCCGCUACACCCACCAUCUCUAAUCACCUGGAGGAGGAGGAGGAGGAAGUGGAGGAGUUUCAAUAGGCAACCGACUCCCAUUUCUUCACUGAAGGCGGACUUCCUGUUUUUUUGGGAGCCUUUGCAGGGACUGUAGGGGUGGCUGCUUUUGCUUUUCUUUUGCUUUUUUACUUUUUAUCAUUUUAAAAACGUUGUUCUCUCAUGAAAAGGGACUCAAAAGAGAUGAGAUCAUGCGAUGAACAGAAACGCAAAAAUAUAAACAUAACAAUCUAAAAAUAACUAACAUAUAAAAAGAAUUAGCCUAAACAUAUGAAAGAUGAGUUUGGCAUUUCUAAAAUGAAUUUAUAAUAAUUCCAUUCGCAGUGGGGAAAGGAAUGUAAGUAGUGUCUAGAUUAGCACAAGACAGGGGGACCUGCUAAAUCUAAAACCAUCCAACAUCGAGAGACAUUUUCUUAAGCGCAACAGAAUCUAACUCUAUGCACAAAGUUGUGUUCCUGUUUCAUACCUGAGGGUCAAUCAUGGUACAGGACUGUUGCAGAGCAGUGAUAGAGCAGGGCAGUCUUGGGAUUGUGUGUGUGUGUGUGUGUGUGUGUGUGUGUGUGUGUGUGUGUGUGUGUGUGUGUGUGUGUGUGUGUGUGUGUGUGUGUGUGUGUGUGCUGUAUGAAUGAGUUUGUAUUCCCAUGCUGCCACAGAGAGGAUCUACCUAAUUUGAGUUUUAUUCAUGGUUCAGGUUUAGUCCUCAGAUCAGAUUCAGGUGUUGAUUCCUUUGAGACCAGUCAAUGGAUAAACUGUUAUUAAAGAAGAGGGGAUAAUUCUAAAAAUAAUAAUAAUAAAAAAAAAGUAGAAAAAAAGCACAUAUAAAAAGAUUUAUAAAUAAUGCAUUCCUAUUAAGGCGCAGUGGCCAUUAGAAAAAAAGGUUUCUAUAGAGAAAAACAAUCUAGCUUUCUACAACUUUGUUUGUGUAGUGAAAGCAAUACUAUAAUGACAAUCUAAGUGAAACCAUGUUUACAUUGUCAGGGGACGUUUUCUCUGUUAAUAAAACAAGCCAGUUCGCUCUUAGAUUAGUGAUAACAUCUGAAAGCAGCGCUGUCGUCUGAACAAAGCCUGUUACUGUUCGGAUACCAAAGGGUGGCUUUAACAUCACAGCUGCAGUCUAUCCAGUGCCAGUUUUUAUAUGAUCGAUCGCCAUCAGAUGGUACUGGUAGCUGCAAUGACAGGUUCGUUGGACAGCAGCACAGUUACUGAUGUUGCUUUAUGCUCUCUGUGCUCUGGUGACAUCCCUUCUUCAUUUCUAUCCCUGCAACGUGACCGAUGUACCACAAUUGCCUUAACACAAGCUGUUGUACAGAGGGAACCUCAGAGAUAGCUAGAGGGAGCUCUCCUGCAUUAUUAGGGGGUGACAUGGAGAGCACACCACAGCACAGGAAGGUAAAGUGAGACAGAGUGAUAAGAGCUGGGGUGGGAAGGGGUCGGGCUACUUAGCUAUGUGGAUAUUAUGAGAUGUUUUCUGGUGGUGUUGCUCUGUGUUAGUUCAGUGCGUACAUUCUUUUUAUUUUAUUAAAAGAUACUUUAUUUUAUAGAAUUUAUCAAUUGUUUUAAAAAAAAUCCCCUCCCAGUAUGUUAACACACAUGGCCCCACUGUGUAUGGCUAAUUUAUUAUUUAUCCUUGAGUUGUACUAUUUGCCUUUUGCUGGACUUGUAUUUGUGUGCGUUGAUUCUGAGGUUGUGUACAGCAUGUUUGAGUUUUUUGCCGUAGUGCUGCUUCUCUCUUCUUUACUCUUUGUGCUUCGGUUUUCUUUUUCUACGUCUGACCACUGCUGUCCAUUUCUUCUCUUUUCGCCAUACCGUGUUUUAUGGAGAAAAAUAAAUAAAAGAAGAAGAAAGCAAAAAAGUUACUAUUGUUUAAAGUUGAAAAGGUUGAUACCAAACAAAUUUAGAUGUUUUUGGUAAUAUUUUGUGUGACUACCAACUUUUUUUCUUUGAUAUUUUGUAGUGACAUCUCAUUUGUAAAUCUUUUUCUAAAAGAUGUUUGUUCGUCUCCAUGACAUUUGAUAAUGGGUUUUUUGCCAGGUUAGCCUCAAAGGCCCCAGUUUAUUGAUAUUUUUAAAACUGGUUUGUACAAACGUGUUAUGUCAAUAAAAAAGAAAAAAAAAGGACAACUUCAAGCAGAAAAGAUGCUUUGCCUGCAUAACACUUGACAAUAAAGUGAUUAAAACAAACAGUCUUAAUUCCA